AUGGGGAAUGAUCAGAGCCAAUUUCCAUCAACUGUGAAGCUAUUCAAUGCAUAUUUGCAAUUUAACCAUGUCUUUCGUUUCCUGUUUUUUGUUAUUGGUUUGUCCAUUGGAAUCACAGCCAGUUUUUAUCUCCAGUGUUUUUCACUCAAUUUACAAGCUACCAUAGUUUCACCUUUCUCAUUAUUGCCGCCGCCAGUGCUUCAACCACCACCACCAUCUCCAUCUAAAUCUCCACCGCCACCUCUAGAAAUACCAACUGCGCUUGUCUCUGAUCAGAGUACCAUAGAAAUCGAUACUCGCUUCUUUGUACACAAUAUGAGUGACAAAGAAUUGUUUUGGCAGGCAUCAAUGGUUCCGAGGAUUGAAGCAUUUCCUUAUGAGCGUGUUCCAAAGGUUGCUUUCAUGUUCUCGACCAAGGGCCCUAUACCAUUAGCUCCCCUGUGGGAGAAGUUUUUUGAAGGGCAGGAAGGGCUCUACACCAUCUAUGUUCACCCUGAUCCGUUCUACAGUGAAACUUUUCCUGAAAAUUCUGUUUUCUAUGGAAGAAGAAUUCCAAGCAAGCCAGUACAAUGGGGAAAACCAUCGAUGAUUGAUGCUGAGCGACGCCUUUUAGCCAAUGCUCUACUUGACUUCUCUAACGAGAGAUUUGUGCUACUCUCAGAUACUUGCAUUCCUUUGUUCAACUUCACCACAAUUUACACCUACCUCAUAAACUCCAAUGAGACCUUUGUUGCCUCUUAUGAUGACCCGAGGAAGAUUGGUCGUGGCCGAUACAACCAUAAAAUGUGGCCUACAAUAUCCAUUUCCCAAUGGCGUAAAGGUUCCCAAUGGUUUGAGGUUAACCAGAAGAUUGCCAUUGACAUAGUAUCAGAUCAGAAAUACUACCCAAUUUUUAGUGCGUAUUGUCACCCUCCUUGUUACACUGAUGAGCAUUACAUCCCUACACUUGUGAACAUUCUCUUCCCUGUGGAAAACUCGAACCGGAGUAUUACUAGGGUUGAGUGGAGGAGAAGUGGUCCACACCCUGAAAGAUUUACUAAGCAAGAUGUUACGGUUGAGUUUCUGAAUCACAUAAGGUUUGGUGCUAACUGUACUUACAAUGGCAACACUACCUCAGUGUGUUUCUUAUUUGCUAGAAAAUUUGUGCCCAACACCCUACAACCAUUGUUGAAAAUUGCUUCAAUUUUGUUUUCUUCAAAUACUUGA